UAGCAAGGCCGGUUCGUAUGAGUAGUUAGAUCUUCACUUCGGCUGUGGGUUGUUCUUGCUUUAAAAACAGACAACACACUGGGCGUGGAUAUUUGUUCGCCAUAUAAGGGCGCACAGUCACAACUGGCUUCGAGUAUUAUAAAUACGGAAGCCUCCUAAGUACGUGGCAGGCGGCGGUGGCGAUCGGCAGCGGAGAAACUGGAGGUGCUCACCCACUCGGUCUGUGUUUGUAAUCGAACACCGCUAUGUCGACAACGAUUGAUGAUUUAACGGAAGAACAGUUAUCAGAAUUGAAGGAGGCGUUCUCACUGUUUGAUAUUGACGGCGAUGGUACGAUAAACGCCAAAGAAUUGGGAACCGUGUUGAGGUCACUGGGUCAGAAUCCAACUGACAAGGAAGUAGAAGAGAUGAUAGAAGAAGUAGACGUUGAUGGAAGCGGAAGUAUAGAAUUCCCAGAGUUCCUCAUGAUGAUGGCGGGAAAAUUUAAUGAGACUACGACUGACAAAGAUCUGAACGACGCAUUUAAAAUUUUCGACACUGAAAAUACGGGAUUUAUAUCGGUGGAUGAAUUGAAACAUCUAAUGACCACUAUGGGAGAACGAUUGUCAGAGGAAGAGAUGGAUGAAAUGGUUGCAGACGCAAACGCUGAUUCAGAAGGAAAAGUUAACUACGAAGAGUUUGUGAAACUGAUUACGUCAUAUGCCAACGUCAGCGAGGCAGUCGGAAGUGCCGUCAUUACCUGAGUGACUGAAUUCAGCUUCUACCAGCGUCCGCUAAUUAAAGCACUGCCUCAACAAUUAAAAAUACAUUAUGAUUAGCUGCACGUAUAGAUGAGCUCUGAAUCCGAGGACCACGAUACUCGUUCAUCACAACUCUUCCCAGACCACUCUCAGUCAUUAAGUACCGUUACAUAAGCAACCUUCUGCUGGUUGCUAGGCUCGAAUUCAAAUUUCCGUCCAAGAGCGCCCUCAUAUAGCGAUAGAACUCACUAGUCAGUAUGUAAUACAUCAUACAAUUGGCCUUUCCUUGGAGAAUGUCUAAAUAGGACUCCGUUUAGUAUACUGAGACUGUUGAAAACUGACAAUAGACAGUUUGUUCUAGACCGAGGUUGGGUGUACCGCAUUCGGAUUACCGGUCUUAUGAGUUUUGAGUACACCCUUCUAACCGAGGGGCAAGCACUACACGUAUAUUCACAAGUUUGUGCAUAUUUGCUCACCAAGUAGAAUUCACAUUAGCGACAAAACAUGAUAUAUAAAGAAUAUUAUUUUG